CUCGACCAUGGACUCGACCGCCCGGGAAGCGAUCUUCUUGGACUCCUGCGCGGCCGCGAUCAAUAUCGCGGGCAAGGACGACAAGAAGGAGAAGAAGGCGAGCAAGGACGACGGCCGCCAGAAGGAGAGGCAAAGGCCGAAGAGCGCGCACCCGAAGCAGGAGGCCGCGAGGGCCGCGCACCAGAACGUGUGGGAGGACGAUGAACUCGAGAUCGGCCGCGUCCCGGCCGCACUCCAGAAGCAGCCGAAGGUCUUCGUCUUGAGCGAUGACGCCGAUUUGCUGGACGACGAGCUGGAAGACGAUGGGCUGGACGACGGGUUGGACGACCCGUUGCAAAGUGUCAAAGGAGCUGCUGUUCCCACUGUGUUGGCCAGUGCGAAUGCCGUUGCUCCAGCUGGUUGGCCCGUGUCGCGCCUGCUCCUGCGCUGGCGGGGCGAGCCGGCUCUGAGGGUGGAGUUCGAGGCGCCGAAGGGCGGGCUCUCAAUGCCGCCGAGCGACGUGCCGCUGCCGGGCCACCUCGGCGGGCCCGCGCUGGCCGACCACGUGCUGGGCGUCUGCCCGGCGCUGCAGCGCCACGCGCUUCAGGUGCACCGCAUCCUGCUUGCGGUGCGCAGCCAGGAAGUGCAGGUCGUCACCGCCCACGACGGCCUUCCCUGGGUGCCAAGAUUACCGCGUUCGGGGACUGGCCAUCGAUGGGCGGCGCCCACCGAGCGCUGCAGACUGCCCCCGGGCACCAAGCUGCUGGUCCGCGCGCUGGCGCUGCGCCCCGGCGGCCAGCGCGCUCCCGGGCUCCGUGCGAAGCGCGAAACGCCGCCGCCCGAGGCGCGGUGGGAGUGCCCGGCGGUGGCUCGGCUCACCGCCCCGUGGCUGCCUCGCGCCCUGCCGCCGCUCGCCAUCAGCGCCCGGGGAGCGAAGAACGGCACGCGCCUCACCUCCUGGCAGCUCCGCGCGGCUUCCUGGCGCCUCCUGAUACCGUCGGACCUCGGCAGCAUACUCAAGGCUCUGGACACGGACGGGUCGGGGAACAUCGACUACACCGAGUUCAUAGCGGCGUCCAUAACCCAGAAGCAGUAUUCCCAGAAGGCCGUGCUGUGGGCCGCUUUCCGGCGCUUCGACCUGGACGGCAAUGGCCUGAUCUCUGAAAAGGAGAUGGCUGCCAUGAUCCAGGACGACGCGAGCUUCAAGGUCGCUAAGGAGCUGAUCAAGGAGGCCGACGUGGACGGCGACGGCCAGGUGAGUUUCGACGAGUUCUGCAAGAUCAUGGGCGCCUCCGCGUGA